UCGUAUAGCAUAAUUAAGAGAAAAUAGAUUUUAAAAUAUUUAAAUUAAAUACAAAACAUAUCGAUUUAAAAAAAAAAACUUAAUAUAAUAAUUUUCCGAAAAAUUAAAACAUUUUAAGAAAUAGUAUCUUGAAAUGAACUUAAUUUUUGGUGGGAACAUCAGCAACUUCCACUUUGGGCCACCCUAACGUACAUACAUAUAUGUAUUUCAAAUAAACAUAUGUACGUUUACAGGCGUGUAUUUUAAUGAAUAAUAUUCAACAAUUGCGUGUGCAGUUAGAAAAAAUGUUCGAAUCCAUGGGCGGCGAUAAAUUAGAAGAGGAUGCGGCGAAUAUACUUAAAGAACUGCAACAAAAUCUCAAUUCUGCCCUGGAUGACUUGGCUUGCCUUUUCGCAAUAAGUCUGGAACCACGUAUUACUCAAUCUGUAAGGGAGCUAGGUGAUUUGCUACUCGCAAUUAAGGGUGGUGGAGGUAGUGGUAACAUAAAUGCUCAAAAUCAAGUAGCCCAACGAAAUGCUGUGGCCGUGGAAGCAGACGAAGUGUUGCGACCACUAAUGGAUCUUUUGGAUGGUUCAUUAACUCUUUACGCACAAUCAUGCGAAAAGACAGUACUUAAACGUCUGUUAAAGGAACUGUGGAAAAUAGUGAUGCGCACGCUAGAAAAGACUAUUGUGUUACCUCCAAUGACUGAUAAAACGAUGAUGUUCAAACAUCUAACCGACAAUGCUAAAAACCUCGCUUCUAACGCUAAAAUUGAAGAUAUGGGUCGUCUUUUUAAGUCACAUAUGGCUGGAAAGCAAGAUGUUAAAAGUGCUUUAAGUGGUGUAAUGGAUAUUUCAAAAGAAGUCGAAAAGAAUUUAUCGCCUAAACAAUGUGCUGUUCUUGACGUGGCCUUAGAUACAAUUAAGCAGUACUUCCAUGCCGGUGGAAAUGGACUGAAGAAAACGUUCCUUGAAAAAUCACCAGAACUCCAAAGUUUACGUUACGCAUUGAGCCUUUAUACCCAAAUGACUGAUACGCUUAUUAAAACGUUUAUCUCCAGCCAAGUGCUUGAAGUUGAUCCCGAAAAUCAAGAAGAAAGUGUUGGCGAAAUAUCUGUACAAAUUGAUCUAUACUCGCACCCUGGAACCGGCGAAUAUAAAGUGAAUGUAAAAGUUGUGGCAGCAAAUGAUCUUAAAUGGCAAAUUCCAUCUGGCAUGUUUCGACCGUUUGUUGAGAUCAAUCUUAUCGGACCCCAUUUACAGGAUAAGAAACGUAAAUUUGCUACCAAAUCGAAAUCGAACAAUUGGUCGCCGAAAUACAACGAAUCCUUUAAUUUUACUAUUGGCACUGAAGAACAACUGGAUUUUUUCGAAUUGCAUAUCUGUGUCAAAGAUUACUGCUUUGCUAGAGAUGACAGAUUAGUGGGUGUGGCCGUUAUACCUCUAAAGGAUAUACUAGAAAAAGGUUCGGUUGCUUGUUGGCUGCCAUUACAAAGAAGAAUUCACAUGGAUGAGACUGGUUGGACAAUUUUACGUAUUCUAUCUCAACGCAAUAAUGACGAAGUCGCCAAAGAAUUUGUUAAGCUAAAAUCGGAGAUCCGGCAGGAACCAAUAGCCGGCACGUAGAGAUAUUAAUGAAUAAAAUCA